AUGCUUGCUUGUUAUGUGGUAGACGAACCCGAGGAGUGGGACAGAUAUCUGCCAUUCGUCACCUUCGCAUACAACACGUCUAAACAGGCAACUCUUAAAGAUAGCCCAUUUUACCUUUUCUACGGAAGAGAACCCAUUUUACCAAACGACAUCAAGAUCAACCGUCAUUACGAAAUGGAGGGAAAUCAACAUGAAGAAUAUUCUCGCCAGUGGAAAAAGGCACAAGAAUUAGCGAACCAACAUUUGUUCAAAGCCCAAACGAAGCAGAAAAAGUAUUAUGAUGAAGGGACAAAAAGUGUCAAGUACAAUCCCGGCGAUCUGGUACUAUUAAAAGCACCACCUCAAGCCGGAAAAUUUAUAAAUAGAUGGAAAGAUGGAGAAAAAAUUACUACUCUUUGCAUUCUAACUACAUUGCAAACAACCCACACAAUCUUCUCGUCUGUAUGCGAUUGCAACUAUGUUAAAACACGAGGAAUUCUAGAUAUUAACUCACCAUACUAUUGCAAAAACCCCAGCACUAACCAUCAACCACGAUACCUAACAAAUUAUACGCUAAUGACUAAACAAAAUCCAGUAAAAACUUGGAAAGGAUGGACUUGCAAACAAUGGAUUAAGACAAAGAAAAUAACCGGAUCUUUCUGGAUAGGGUCUUUUGACACAGUUUAUUCACAGGAAACAAAAUUACUCUCAGCAAUUGAAUGCUGGGAGAUGGUAAAUAAUAAAAAAUGUGGGGGUAAUCUUAUGCAGGCAGGAACAACAACGUUGAGUUUUACAUCAACUCCUACAGGGGAAGGGAAGUGGUAUGCUAUCAAAGAAUACCAUGCAUUAAAUUGUUUAGCAGAAGAGAUAACAUUAAAACAAGAGACACCAGAAAGCUUAGUGGAAAGUCCAUUGGGAUUCUUAAACACCACUCAACAAGAAGGGGAGUAUACACAAAAUCAUAACACCAUAGUAUGGGGAGAUAUAUCAACAAAUUCAUCAAAUUCACAAAUUAUUUUUAAAGGUGAAGGGUAUAGACCUUUUUAAGAUUCCUCGGUGUAAGCAGAGCGAAAAGUCGUGCGGCUAGUCGACUAGUGCGCACCGUGGCGGGGGAUAGCCGUAACUAGCUGCAGACUUGGCUUGAUUCUUCGAAUCACCUUGUUGUUCGGCUCUAUGUUACUGUAGUCUGCUAGUGUAUUAAAAGAUAAAAAUGUCCGUUUUCAAGUUUCAGUUGUCUCAAUUAGUUAUAAUUGAUAUAUAUUAGCGCUAUAAUUCUUAUAAUAUAGUUGCAACUUCUUCCAUGUAAGUUUUUUCUACAUGUUGCAUCCAAAGUCUUCUUCUUUUUUCAAUGAGAACUUUGUCACCAUCAGAAAACCUAUCACAUUUAGUGUACUCUGGUAUUUUGUAGAACUUCCGUCCUUUUCCUAAUUUAGAUUGUUGAGUACAAAAACAUAUAAGACACUUGGCAUUAACCAUUUCCUAACUUUUCGAGAAAUCAACGCAAUAGGUUUGACAUACAACACAGAGUGCCAGACUACAGUAACAUAGAGCCGAACAACAAGGUGAUUCGAAGAAUCAAGCCAAGUCUGCAGCUAGUUACGGCUAUCCCCCGCCAUGGUGCGCACUAGUCGACUAGCCGCACGACUUUUCGCUCUGCUUACACCGAGGAAUCUUAAAAAG